CGUCUAGUGUUGUGGCACACAAGCCAGAGGAGAAGGGGAUUUGUUCGUUCGCUGCUAGGGUUUCUCUGUCUUCUGCCAAUUUUCCCCGGGUUCGUUGCUGCAAAAUGACUCGCAUAUACGUGGGAAACUUAGAUCCACGAGUUUCUGAGCGGGAUCUUGAGGAUGAAUUUCGUGUUUUUGGAGUUAUAGAAAGUGUUUGGGUUGCACGGAGGCCACCUGGUUAUGCUUUUAUUGACUUUGAAGACCGUAGAGAUGCAGAGGAUGCAAUCCGUGAGUUAGAUGGCAAGAAUGGCUGGAGAGUUGAGCUUUCUCACAACUCUAGAGGUGGGGGUGGUGGUGGUCGUGGAGGAGGGGGCCGUGGUCGCUCUGGGGGUUCUGAUUUGAAGUGCUAUGAGUGUGGUGAGCCUGGUCAUUUUGCUCGUGAGUGCCGUCUGCGUGUUGGUCCUGGUAGACGUCGUAGUCGCAGUCCUCCCCGAUAUCGGAGAAGCCCAAGUUAUGGUCGAAGGAGUUACAGUCCCCUUGGACGAUCCCUUAGACGCCGCAGCUUGACACCUCGUGGGCGCAGCUACAGCAGGUCACCACCAUACCGUGGACGUGAGGAGUUGCCAUAUGCUAAUGGAAAUGGUUUGAGGGACCGACGCCGAAGCAGGAGCUGAGUAUGGAAGCCUUGGUCACUUUGCUCUGUUAUGAGGAUACUGGGAAUGAAUGUUAAUUAGUGUGCUUGGACUUCAGUAUGACUGUUUAAAUCGGGCGACGCCCUCAGCUUCUACUCUUGGAUUUGGAUAAGUUCCUUUCUUUCUUUUUGCAGUUGGAUUUUUUUCCCUCUAUGCUGAAUAUGUAGUUUCAUUCUAGGAGGAGAUCUUAAGCAUUAUGAAUUUAUUGAGGACAGUCCAAUGAGCAAGUUGCUAAAAAUCUAUGCUUUUUGUUUUUUUUGAUGUUGAGGUCUCUUCUGGUCCUGCUUCAUUGUUGAUGUGCUUCUGCACUCCCCUGGAUUUCGUUCUUCAUUGGCCACUGGGAUCUUCAAUUUAAUGGUUGUGGGUCCCAGCCUGCUACUUCUGUAGAUGCUUCUAUUUGAUUGUCUCUCCAGUUGUGAUGCGCCUCCCUUCUCUUGUGGCAUUUCUUUUAUUUAACUUUAACGGAUUGAGGAGCUGCGUCAAACACUUCUGGCAGUAUGUGGUGACCUCAGCUAAGUUAUGGUGUUGCUAGAAGAUCAAGAACUUCAAUUGUAGAGGACCCGUGGCUUUUGGCUUUAGUACCUGACUUGGUUUGGUUUUUAGUGCUAAAGCGGCUUCCUUAGUUGUUCUGGGUUUGGCUGGAUGAUAAAUCUUCCAAAAUGAUCGGCAUUCGACUGAUUUUUGUGGUUUCUCUGCAUCGUAAACAAGUUCUGCUGUACGUUAUGCCAAUAAGCAGUGCAUUAUUACUCAUUUUAGGAAGGUAUCUCAUUUAGCCCCCUUGUUACAAGUCUUAUUGUUUUUAGGGGGUAGGUGUGGAGAUGUAGGGUGAGAUUUACCGCUUCUAGUAUCUUUCUAUUGGGGGCUUUUUAUCUGAACCUUUUUUUAUUACUUGUCUUUUCCAAUACACAUUGAAUUUCUUUUCGUUCAGGACUACUCAGUCCAUAUGA